AUGCAGGUUCCACCCGGAGGAGGCCAUAGUCGUAGUGUGUCGGGCGACGAGCGACGACGAAAUGCCCUUCCUCGGCGCAGCACAAAAGGUCCGCUCGACGUCGAUGACAUAGUUGUAGACGACCCUCUCGCUGAGAGCACACCCAGCCUGCCUGCGCGCAUCCGGUCGCCAGCGCGGCCUCGAGCUUCCCCGCAGCCGUCCCACGAUGCCCCAUCGCGCGGCAUCGACGACAUUCCCCACAAGGACUUCAGCUUUCUGCAAGACCCCCAGGCCUACCACGUCCUACCCGUGAACAAUGUACCGGCCCCCUUCCUCAAUGCGCCGCACGCGCCGCCAAUAUCCUCGCCCAUAGACACCCUUCUCCUAUCAGGACACUAUCGCCUGGCUGCCAUCGCCGCCGCGCGCAACCUCAUCUCGGCUGCCGCAGGCGACCACGAUACACUAUUACAUCUGAUACAUGUCCGCCUGGCAUGUCUCUGUCUAUUGCAGGAGCAUGCCCUGGCUGCUCAGGAAUCCAAGGUCUUGGGUGACUUGAAUAGCGCCUUUUACCGACACCCACUCACGAACGCGCAUCUCGUACCCUGGCAUCUACGCCUCCUCGUCGUUCGGUUGGCAGCACUGGGCUAUGGAGAGUGGCGAAAGGGCAUAAUGGGAUACUAUGAGCUUGCACGAGAGUGUAGGGAGAGCAUCCUCAAGGCAAGCUCAGACGACGAUAAGGCAAUGUGGCGGUCGAGAUUACGAGACUGCGGUAUCCGCGUCGCCAACGUGCUGGUAGAGAUGGGUGAUCUUGAGGGCGCAGGACGACACCUGGCAACACUUGCAGCAGACGGUGAACAAACAAGGGAGAUAUCCAUCAUGGAAACACUCGUCUGGCUGAGGGUUGGUGAUAUGCAAUCAGCACGGCGUUGUCUAGCCCGCGCAUCUGCUGCUUCUGUAGAUGCUCUCGUAGACGGCACACUAAACGCUCUGAUCCAACUUGCCAACUCGGACUAUGAAGCUGCUGCCGAGUCUUUCAAGACCCUGCACGAGCAACAUCCUGAAGAUGGCAUGGUAGCGCAGAAUUUGGCCGUGUGCUUACUCUACACGGGUCGUAUUUCGGACGCUAAGGGUAUCCUUAGUGAGCUUGUGGAUGACAGCCCGCCGUUCCAUUCGUUGGUAUUGAACCUGAGCACAGUGUAUGAGUUGUGUACAGAGAGAAACAGGGACAAGAAGCUUGGCUUGGCUGAGAGACUGGCUGGGAGGAGAGAAGGUGGUGGAGUGGGCUGGGAGCUAAGUAACGCCGAGUUCAAGCUGUAG